UUGACUGAAACGUCAUAUGCGGCACAUGACUGUGUAUAAAGUAGUUUAAUAUUAUUUGAAGAUAUACUGUAAUAAGUUAAUGAUUUAAAUGCUAAAUUAUAGAACAACCAUUAAAAAAUGUUGAUACAACACUAUCUAUAAUUAAACAAAUAGUACAGAUAAAAGGGAAUCAAACAAAUUUAAUUGAUCCAAUGGAGGUAGGAAAGGGGAAAAAGAAUAAAGAACAAAUAGGAAACUAACGGUAAGAUGAAGCUGGCAGUCUUAAACCAAUCAUAUCAAUAAUUACAUUAAUCUGAAAUGAUCUAAAUACUCCAAUUAAAAGGCACAGAUUGUAAGAGAGAAUAAAAGAUCAAGAUGAAAUUUAGCCAGGUUGGAAUUUUCUUAUUGCCUGAAACUCUACCUUGCCUUUGGAAGACAGUGUGUUUCAGGAGUCAUUGCCACUUUUCCUGUUCCAUUUGAUGGGAAAAAAUAAGUAAUUUGUCGCAUUUUAAUUUUCAGGAUUUUUCCCCAGAGUUCAAUUCUGUUAACCCUUGUGAUCUGGACCAAACUCUUCAAUUGUGCUUCUUGACCUUACCGAAUAAUUCUCAAGGCUGUUAUGGUUCUUAUAACACUAGUAGCUAACAUUCAUUGAGCAUUUACUAUGUGGCAGAUUCUGUUCUAAUGACUUCCUACAUUUAUUUCCUUUAAUUCUCACAGCUACUUUCUGAAGGAAGUACAGUUAUUUUUUUUUCCAUCUUACCGAUAGUGAAACUGAGACACAGCAACUUCCAAAUUCACGCCACUAGUAAAUGAGGAAGCAGAGAUUUGACUACAGGCAGUCUACCUUUAGAGUCCAUUUCCUCAACCGUCAAACUGCAAAUCCUCUAAAAUACAGAUCUUAAAUUUUAGUGUAUAGAAGAAUCAAUUUAUUUAAAUUCAGUUCUCAGACCUCUCCCACUCCCAUAUGAUUCUUAUUUGGUGGGUUUGGGAUGAAUCCAGUAACCUAUAUUUUUAGCAAGCCCUCAAGGUGGGGGUUUUUUGAACUCAGUUUGAGAAACCCCAUUUUCUGUGACUUUAAGCUAGUUACUUAAUUUGUCAGGGCCUUUGUCUCCUAUUCAAAGGUGAUAUCCUUUUAGGAUGAAAUGAGAUGACAGCUCCUGGCACAUGGUAAAUCCUCUAUAGUAAGUAAACUUGUUUUUGUUGCUCUUGGUGGUAGAUGUUAUUUCAUGGAAUCAGUCAACUGUGGCAAUUACUUUGAACCCUAUCCUUCAGUUGUAGUGAAAUUAUAUUGUCUAAUGAACAAAAGUCAUUUCAAAGUGGAAAGACAUCUUACUGAAUGUGAACACUUUUUUCAGUUUGAUUGUAUCAGGAAUCACAGUGUGUUCUGCUCCAACAUCUGUUCCUAAAAUACUAAUUAGCUCACUUGUAAUUGGUAAAUAUAGUUAUGUUGGUAUAAUGUAGAAGUUGUGCAGCUUUAUAUGUGAUUUAUCCUGAGCCAGGGGUGGCAGAAUCGUCACAGUACGAUUAUAGCCUUGAUUGGGAAGAGAAGCUCUCAGCUUUGAUGCUGUAUAGUCAACAGGAGCCCUUUUGGCUCAGUUUGAAGAAAAUUUAAAAAAACAAAUGUCUGUAACUGGGGCAUACCCUUGUCUUGUGUGGGUCUUCAAUAUUUGUAGAUUUCACUGCCUCCUGUGCACGUUUCAAUGGCGAGCCUAUUGGCUCAGAGUUUGCCUUCCAACUGGAUUUGUUCCACCAAUUCUAAUUAAAGUAUUGCCAGGACUUCUACUCAAUUGUUUUUUGUUUUUGUUUUCAUUUUAGCUCUGGGCUAAGCUCCUUACUUGGGUGGUCCAAAUUAUCUUCCGAGAUACCAAUAUUAUUUUUGCUAGUGAUCUGCUCCCAAAGUGGCAUAUAUUUUGAGUGGUCUUCCCAGAACCUGUUCUCCCCACAUGUCCUAUUAUUUUAGGUAUGCCAUUUUGUUUGCAAUGUGAGCAUUACAGGAUGUAUAUAUCUUCUCAUAUAGUUGAAACCCCGUUUUGGGAACAUGAACACCUCCAGCUCUGCAAUACUGAUAGUUUCUGGAAGGGAAAGUGUAAGUGGUUUGUAAAUUAUAAAGUAACUUCCUCAGAGUGAUCAUUUCAUUUCUUUAUCACCACUAGUGUUGUAUUUGUUUCCUAUUAUCCCAUUGUGUAAAGCCCACUUGGGUUACUUCUUUUAAAAGUUGGCAAGAUUUCUAACUCGUAUUUGAAUUUUUUCUAUGCUUAUAUCAGAAACAUAUAAAUUUAACUUUACUUAUUGGCUCUUUUAUCUGUAAAUUACUCCUUCUCACCUAAAAGAACAUAACAAUUUAUAGAGCUGGAAAUAGUAGACAAGGAAAAUCAUUUCUUUCCUAUAGAGAGAGACUUUCUACAAUAAUGGUUAGGAUUCUCAUAAUUGCCUCCAUUUAUUGAAUGUCCACUAAAUGUCCACUCAUUUUUCUAGGAUCAUCACUUGAAUAUUACUAAUUCUUAAAAUCUUUGAUAAAUAUAACAUAGAUUUUCUAAAUAAAAAAACAGGAGUAAAUCUGUCUGGUUCUUAUAGAAUUCUUCAACAGAAACAUGAGGGAUAUGAAAUCAAGUAAUUUCCUGUUAUUAGAUAGGAAAUAGCUAUUGAAAUCUCAACACUGUCCCAUAAGUAGGUAUUUACUAAAUGAUGGGGAAAUUUCUUUGUGUACACAUUGUCUAAAUACAACUACUUUCAAGACAAUAAUGCACGUACAUUACAUAUUUUCUUAUAAGCUUAUCCCUUGCUUUUGUUAAAGAUCCUGACAUAUUUUAACCACAAAUGGAACAUGCUCUGAUUGUAAUAAAAUAAUUUUAUGGAUAGAACAGCAUUGUUUAUUGUCAGUGAGUAUACAUUUGGACACUUUUUGUGGAUUUUAAGUUGGACUUAAUGAACUUGAAUAAUAAUGUUAUUUUAGAUUGUUUCUAAGAUGGUUUUUAAAGUUACUUGAAAUAGUACAGGCUCUGCCACUUUCUAAUUGCAUUAUUUUGGUCAAAUUACUCAAAAGAAUCUGAGUCUUAGUUAUCCUUUCUCUAAAGUGGAGAAAUAAGUGUGCCUAUUCUUGAAUCAUUCCACUGGUUAAGUGCGAUCAUGUAGUAACUUCUCUGUAGUACUUUCCACAUAUGUAUUGGCUGGGAAUAUUUUUAUCAUCAUAGUUAUUAAAUUUAGAAACAAUGAUUACUAUAUAUCUAGUGCCCUGCCCCCUGUGUUUACUAUAUUUUCAUAACCUAUGCAGGCGUGGUCUGCUGAAUGAUUUAGCAGCUUUAGCUAGUUGCACUAUUGCAUGAAUUUAACCUGAUUUCAUGGGAUGAAACCGAAUGAACACCACGGUUCAUGGCUGUCAGUAGUGAAAAAUAGCUGGAAAUCAGACAAACAGCUUCAUUGCUGAGAUUGUUUCCGGGCUAAAAGUUCUUCCAACAGCUGUUUGUUUUGGCCAUUAAUCGUGUCCAUUCUUUUUUUUUUUUUUUAAGCUGGGGGAAAUACAAUUUUCUUUAAAAAGAGCAUUUAGGCUGGUUAUUUCUGAAGUCAGGAAGAGCGCCUGUCCUUCCACUAUUGUGGUCUUUUGGCUGCCUUGACAGUUGGACUGAAGGACUUUUCCUUUUGUUUUCCUCCUCUUUUUUACUCUCAAUGCUCAGAGUCAGACUGCUGUAGGGAGAAGUAAGGUAAAACUAGGAGCUCUUUAAUCCUAGAGAAGGAGCUUUGUAGCAGUUACCUUCAAGAAAGUUUACUCCCUAAAGGAGUAUUUAAUAUUACAUAGACACUGACUCACUGAACAGAGAAAGAGAGGGGGAGAGAGGAUAUGACAGAAUGAGAGUCUAAGAAGUCAAGCCAGCAAGAAAGAAAGAUACUUAACUAAAGAUGAAGGAAAGUUUUGCCUCUUCCUGAAAGUUAUGUUAUUAGUUGUUUUUUUCUUUAAUCAUGAUGACUGCUAGUUUUGUUUAAAGUAUUUGUUCUGGAAAUACUAAAGUUGGAGUCUACCAGACUGAGGUUAGAGGCAUUUUCUUUGGCAGCAAGAAGAUACUUUUAUAGAAGCCAUGCCUGUACUUGGGGUUGCCUCAAAACUGAGGCAGCCAGCUGUUGGGUCAAAGCCUGUUCAUACUGCUCUUCCGAUACCAAAUCUUGGCACUCCUGGGUCACAGCACUAUUCUUCAAGACCUUUGGAACUUACUGAAACCGAGAGCUCAAUGCUUUCUUGUCAGCUUACAUUAAAAUCAACCUGUGAAUUUGGAGAGAAGAGACCCCUCCAAGGAAAAGCUAAGGAGACAGAAGAGAGCAAGAUUUACACUGACUGGGCCAACCACUACCUAGCAAAAUCGGGCCACAAGCGUCUGAUCAAGGAUUUGCAACAAGACAUUGCAGAUGGAGUACUGCUAGCUGAAAUCAUCCAGAUCAUUGCAAAUGAAAAAGUUGAAGAUAUCAAUGGAUGUCCUAGGAGUCAAUCUCAGAUGAUUGAAAAUGUUGAUGUCUGCCUUAGUUUUCUAGCAGCCAGAGGAGUAAAUGUUCAAGGUUUAUCUGCUGAAGAAAUAAGAAAUGGAAACUUAAAAGCCAUUCUAGGGCUGUUUUUCAGUCUGUCUCGCUACAAGCAGCAGCAACACCAUCAACAGCAGUAUUACCAGUCCUUGGUGGAACUGCAACAGCGGGUGACUCACGCCUCCCCUCAGGCAGACGCCAGUCAGGCCAAAACCCAGCAAGAUAUGCAGUCCAGUCUGGCAGCCAGAUAUGCAACUCAAUCUAAUCACAGUGGAAUUGCAACCAGUCAAAAAAAGCCUACUAGGCUUCCAGGUCCCUCGAGGGUGCCAGCUGCAGGCAGCAGCAGCAAGGUCCAGGGAGCCUCUAAUUUAAAUAGGCGAAGUCAGAGCUUUAACAGCAUUGACAAGAACAAGCCUCCAAAUUAUGCAAAUGGCAAUGAGAAAGAUUCCUCCAAAGGACCUCAGCCAUCUUCAGGUGCGAAUGGCAACAUGCAGCCCCCGGGCACUGCUGCGCAGCCCCCUGCCUCCGCCAUCCCUUCUCCAAGCGCCAGCAAGCCCUGGCGCAGCAAGUCCAUGAAUGUCAAGCACAGCGCCACCUCGACCAUGCUGACGGUAAAGCAGUCGAGCCCUGUCACCUCUCCCACACCAUCUGCAGACAGACUGAAGCCCCCUGUCUCGGAAGGGGUCAAAACAGCUCCCUCGGGACAGAAAUCCAUGCUUGAAAAAUUCAAGCUGGUCAAUGCUCGGACUGCUUUACGCCCCCCACAGUCUCCCAGUUCAGGACUCGGUGACGCUGGGAAGGAUGACGAUGCCUUUUCUGAAUCUGGUGAAAUGGAAGGUUUUAACAGUGGUCUGAAUAGUGGUGGCUCAACAAACAGCAGCCCCAAAGUGUCACCUAAAUUAGCCCCUCCAAAAGCUGGAAGCAAAAAUCUCAGCAAUAAAAAGUCUUUGCUACAGCCAAAGGAAAAAGAGGAAAAGAACAGGGACAAAAAUAAAGUUUGCACUGAAAAACCGGUCAAGGACGAGAAGGAUCAGUUGACAGAGAUGGCUCCAAAAAAGACCUCUAAAAUUGCAAGCUUGAUCCCAAAGGGCAGUAAGACAACAGCAGCCAAGAAGGAAAGCUUAAUCCCAUCUUCCAGUGGGAUUCCAAAACCGGGCUCAAAGGUGCCAACGGCAAAGCAAACCAUUUCACCUGGUAAUGCAGCAAGCAAAGAGUCAGAAAAAUUCAGGACUACCAAGGGAAGCACUUCCCAGUCUUUGCCCAAGCCCAUGACCGCUGAGAAAGCAAGCACAUCCCACUGCCCUGCUCCUUUGGAGGGAAGGGAUGCCAGCCAAGCUUCUCCCGCUGGUUCCUGUGCUGUGCCGGUGGCACAAGGCCUUGGGCAGGGUGCCGGAAAUGGUGCUGUCCAGCUCCCUCAACAGCAGCAACACAGCCACCCGAACACUGCCACGGUGGCACCAUUCAUUUAUAGAGCACAUUCAGAAAAUGAAGGUACCUCUUUACCAUCUGCCGACUCCUGUACCAGUCCUACUAAGAUGGAUUUAUCAUAUAGUAAGACUGCUAAGCAGUGCCUAGAGGAGAUAUCUGGUGAAGACCCUGAAACAAGAAGAAUGAGAACAGUUAAAAACAUAGCAGAUUUGAGGCAAAAUUUAGAAGAAACUAUGUCCAGUCUUCGUGGGACCCAGAUAAGCCACAGCACCCUGGAGACAACAUUUGACAGCACUGUGACAACGGAAGUGAAUGGAAGGACCAUACCUAACUUGACGGGUCGACCCACUCCCAUGACGUGGAGGUUGGGCCAGGCGUGUCCUCGACUUCAGGCUGGAGAUGCUCCCUCCCUGGGUGCUGGCUACCCUCGCAGCGGUACCAGUCGAUUCAUCCACACAGACCCUUCAAGGUUCAUGUACACAACACCUCUCCGUCGAGCUGCUGUCUCUCGGCUGGGAAACAUGUCACAGAUUGACAUGAGUGAGAAAGCAAGCAGUGACCUGGACAUGUCUGCUGAAGUUGAUGUUGGCGGAUAUAUGAGUGAUGGUGAUAUUCUUGGGAAAAGUCUCAGGACGGAUGACAUCAACAGUGGGUACAUGACAGAUGGAGGGCUCAACCUGUAUACGAGAAGUCUGAACCGAAUACCAGACACAGCGUCUUCCAGGGAUGCCAUCCAGAGAGGGGUUCAUGAUGUGACAGUGGAUGCAGACAGCUGGGAUGACAGCAGUUCAGUAAGCAGUGGUCUCAGUGACACCCUGGAUAACAUCAGCACCGACGACUUGAACACCACGUCAUCAGUCAGCUCUUACUCCAACAUCACCGUCCCUUCCAGGAAGAGCACUCAGCUGAAGACAGAUUCAGAGAAACGUUCUGCAACGGAUGAGACGUGGGAUAGUACUGAGGAGCUGAAAAAAACAGAAGAGGACUUUGACAGCCAGGGGGAUGGUGGUGGCAAGUGGAAGGGCGUCUCCUCAGGACUUCCUGAUGACCCUGAGCAGGCGGGGCAGAAAGCCGCCCUCUCUGUUUCACAGACAGGGUCCUGGAGAAGAGGCGCGUCUGCCCACGGAGGAGCGCCAUCGGGGCGGAAAGCUGGGCCGGGUGCACUCAAGACGCCUGGGAAAACCGAUGAUGCCAAAGCUUCAGAGAAAGGGAAAACUCCUCUGAAAGGAUCGUCUCUACAAAGGUCCCCAUCAGAUGCAGGAAAGAGCAGUGGAGAUGAAGGAAAGAAGCCCCCCUCGGGCAUUGGAAGAUCAACUGCCACCAGCUCCUUUGGAUUUAAGAAACCAAGUGGAGUGGGGUCAUCUACCAUGAUCACCAGCAGUGGAGCGACCAUAGCAAGUGGCUCAGCAACGCUGGGGAAAAUUCCCAAAUCUGCUGCCAUUGGUGGGAAGUCAAAUGCAGGGAGAAAAACCAGCUUGGACGGUUCACAGAAUCAGGAUGAUGUUGGGCUGCAUGUUAGCUCGAAGACUUCCCUACAGUACCGCAGCUUGCCCCGCCCUUCCAAAUCCAGCACUAGUGGCAUUCCCGGCCGAGGUGGCCACAGAUCCAGCACCAGCAGUAUUGAUUCCAAUGUCAGCAGCAAGUCAGCUGGUGCUACCACCUCGAAACUGAGAGAACCCACUAAGAUUGGGUCAGGGCGCUCCAGUCCCGUCACUGUCAACCAAACAGACAAGGAAAAGGAAAAAGUAGCAGUCUCAGAUUCAGAGAGUGUUUCUUUAUCAGGUUCCCCCAAGUCCAGCCCCACCUCAGCCAGUGCCUGUGGGACACAAGGCCUCAGGCAGCCAGGAUCCAAGUAUCCUGAUAUUGCCUCACCUACAUUUCGAAGGUUGUUUGGUGCCAAGGCAGGUGGCAAAUCUGCCUCUGCACCUAAUACUGAGGGUGUGAAAUCCUCCUCAGUACUGCCCAGUCCUAGUACCACAUUAGCGCGGCAAGGCAGUCUGGAGUCACCGUCGUCUGGUACGGGCAGCAUGGGCAGUGCUGGUGGGCUAAGUGGCAGCAGCAGCCCUCUCUUCAAUAAACCCUCAGACUUAACUACAGAUGUUAUAAGCUUAAGUCACUCGUUGGCUUCCAGCCCAGCAUCGGUUCACUCUUUCACAUCAGGUGGUCUCGUGUGGGCUGCCAAUCUGAGCAGUUCCUCUGCUGGCAGCAAGGACACUCCAAGUUACCAGUCCAUGACUAGCCUCCAUACGAGCUCUGAGUCUAUUGACCUCCCCCUCAGCCAUCAUGGCUCCCUGUCUGGACUGACCACAGGCACUCACGAGGUUCAGAGCCUGCUCAUGAGAACGGGUAGUGUGAGAUCUACUCUCUCAGAAAGCAUGCAGCUUGACAGAAAUACACUACCCAAAAAGGGACUAAGAUAUACCCCAUCAUCUCGGCAGGCCAACCAAGAAGAAGGCAAGGAGUGGUUGCGUUCCCAUUCUACUGGAGGGCUGCAGGAUACCGGCAACCAGUCGCCUCUGGUUUCCCCUUCUGCUAUGUCAUCUUCGACAACAGGAAAAUACCACUUUUCCAACUUGGUGAGCCCAACCAAUCUGUCUCAAUUUAACCUUCCUGGGCCCAGCAUGAUGCGCUCCAACAGCAUCCCAGCCCAAGACUCGUCCUUUGAUCUCUACGAUGACUCCCAGCUUUGCGGGAGUGCCACGUCUCUGGAGGAGAGGCCCCGUGCCAUCAGUCAUUCAGGCUCAUUUAGAGACAGCAUGGAAGAAGUUCACGGCUCUUCGUUAUCACUGGUCUCCAGCACUUCUUCUCUUUACUCUACAGCUGAAGAAAAGGCUCAUUCAGAGCAAAUCCAUAAACUGCGGAGAGAGCUGGUUGCAUCACAAGAAAAAGUUGCCACCCUCACAUCACAACUUUCAGCAAAUGCUCACCUCGUAGCAGCUUUUGAAAAGAGUUUAGGGAAUAUGACUGGCCGACUGCAAAGUCUAACCAUGACAGCGGAACAAAAGGAGUCUGAACUUAUAGAACUAAGAGAAACCAUUGAAAUGUUGAAGGCCCAGAACUCUGCUGCCCAGGCAGCCAUUCAAGGAGCACUGAAUGGUCCAGACCAUCCUCCCAAAGAUCUUCGCAUCAGAAGACAGCAUUCAUCUGAAAGUGUUUCUAGUAUCAACAGUGCCACAAGCCAUUCCAGCAUUGGCAGUGGUAAUGAUGCUGACUCCAAGAAGAAGAAAAAGAAAAACUGGGUGAACUCUAGAGGAAGUGAGCUGAGGAGCUCAUUCAAACAAGCCUUUGGGAAGAAAAAGUCCACCAAACCUCCCUCCUCACAUUCAGACAUCGAGGAGCUGACUGACUCGUCUCUUCCAGCGUCCCCCAAGUUGCCCCAUAACGCUGGUGCCUGUGGAUCCGCGUCCAUGAAACCGUCGCAGUCUGCCUCAGCGAUCUGUGAGUGCACAGAGGCUGAGGCAGAGAUAAUUCUGCAGCUGAAGAGCGAGCUCAGAGAAAAGGAAUUGAAAUUAACGGAUAUUCGGCUGGAGGCCCUCAGCUCUGCUCAUCAUCUUGACCAGAUCCGGGAAGCCAUGAACCGGAUGCAGAAUGAAAUUGAAAUCCUGAAGGCUGAAAAUGACCGGUUGAAGGCGGAAACUGGCAACACGGCCAAGCCUGCUCGGCCCCCGUCAGAGUCCUCAAGCAGCACGUCCUCCUCGUCUUCACGGCAGUCCUUAGGGCUUUCUCUAAACAACUUGAACAUCACGGAGUCUGUUACCUCAGAUAUCUUGCUAGAUGAUGCUGGUGAUGCAACUGGACAUAAAGAUGGCCGCAGUGUGAAAAUUAUAGUCUCCAUCAGCAAGGGCUACGGUCGAGCAAAGGAUCAGAAGUCUCAGGCAUAUUUGAUAGGAUCCAUUGGUGUUAGUGGAAAAACCAAGUGGGAUGUCUUAGAUGGUGUAAUUAGACGUCUCUUUAAGGAAUAUGUGUUUCGAAUUGAUACAUCCUCUAGUCUUGGUCUGAGCUCUGACUGCAUUGCUAGCUACUGUAUAGGAGAUUUAAUUAGAUCUCAUAGCUUAGAAGUGCCUGAACUGCUGCCUUGUGGAUACCUUGUUGGAGAUAAUAACAUCAUCACUGUGAACCUGAAAGGGGUAGAAGAAAACAGUUUGGACAGCUUUGUUUUUGAUACGCUGAUUCCUAAACCAAUUACCCAAAGGUAUUUUAAUUUGUUGAUGGAGCAUCACAGAAUUAUACUUUCGGGACCAAGUGGUACAGGAAAGACCUAUUUAGCGAACAAACUUGCUGAAUACGUAAUAACCAAAUCUGGGAGGAAAAAAACAGAGGAUGCAAUUGCCACUUUUAAUGUGGACCACAAGUCAAGUAAGGAAUUGCAACAGUAUCUAGCCAACCUGGCUGAACAGUGCAGUGCUGAUAAUAAUGGCGUGGAGCUCCCAGUUGUCAUAAUUCUUGAUAAUCUUCAUCAUGUGGGCUCAUUGAGUGAUAUCUUCAAUGGUUUUCUCAACUGUAAAUACAACAAAUGUCCAUAUAUUAUUGGAACAAUGAAUCAGGGAGUAUCUUCAUCACCAAAUCUAGAGCUGCAUCACAAUUUCAGGUGGGUACUAUGUGCAAACCACACAGAACCAGUGAAAGGCUUUUUAGGCAGAUAUCUUCGAAGGAAACUGAUAGAGAUAGAAAUUGAAAGGAAUAUACGCAAUAAUGACCUAGUCAAAAUUAUAGAUUGGAUUCCUAAGACAUGGCAUCAUCUCAACAGUUUUUUGGAAACACACAGUUCUUCUGAUGUUACCAUUGGUCCCCGACUUUUCCUCCCUUGCCCCAUGGAUGUAGAAGGUUCUAGAGUGUGGUUCAUGGAUCUCUGGAACUAUUCUUUGGUACCUUAUAUUCUGGAGGCAGUGAGAGAAGGUCUUCAGAUGUAUGGGAAACGUGCCCCUUGGGAAGAUCCUUCAAAGUGGGUACUUGAUACAUACCCAUGGAGCUCAGCGUCUCUGCCUCAGGAGGGCCCAGCUUUACUUCAGCUGCGACCAGAAGAUGUUGGAUAUGAGGGCUGCAUAUCCACUAAGGAAGCCACAACCUCAAAGCACAUUCCACAAACUGACACAGAGGGGGAUCCCCUGAUGAAUAUGCUAAUGAAACUCCAAGAAGCAGCCAACUACUCGGGCACACAAAGCUGUGACAGCGAUAGCACCAGCCACCAUGAAGACAUUUUGGAGUCAUCUCUUGAAUCUACCCUCUAGAGGGUGAAAAAAGUUAGGGGAAAAGACUAUGCUUUUAAAAAAUGUUUAAAAAGUAAGGUAUUUUCACGAAACCACUGCCAGUAUGAAAGCACCCUGUCAAGGGCCCUGACCCUGGGUCAUGGUCUCCAAGGAGGCAGCAGAAGGAAGUCUGAACUGCCAAGAUGCUAAAUUGAAAUGAAAGCUUACCUUUAUUUUAUGUCUAGGCAUUUUUAUAUCCGUGGAAUGAUAUAAGGCUCCGUUAAUCAACUGGAAAGGACCCUAAUGACAGGGCAACUGAAUAGAUUGCACAUGGGAUAGCCAAACUGGACUUUAUGUUUUUCCUCUUUAAAAGUUUACAAUGCAGACCUUUUUUUGUCCCUUCCUUUCUUUCCUCUGAGGGGCUGUUCUCCUCAGGCAGGGUCCAUUCUUCUGAUCCGCCCAACCUCCUUUGUGCCACAUGGUGCUGGUCACAGGGCUCCAGUAGUGUUUGUGUUGUGCGCUAACCCCAUUCCAAAACGAAGCCAAGAGGCCAGUCCUCUGUAAGCACAAAUGGAAUUGUGCAACCACCAGAAAAACACUACUGUGGCAAGCUGGAGAAGUGCCAAUUUAAUUCUUAACUGCCAUGUUCACAUGAUGUGCUCCACCAACUUUUUAGUGUAAGAGUCCCAGGUUUUAUAAGGUUAUUUUUACCACAGUGGUCUUUUUAAACCACCUGCCCACUCCUUUAACAAGAGUUUUAUACCAAUUAUUAGUCAACACUGACAAAAGGCUUUUUUAGGGCUUCAUUUGUUUGAGCCUUUUCAGUGAAAGAAGGAACAUUUCCUAUGGUGCUGUCUCGCUGCCUUAAAACAGAUUUCUACAAGAGUUUAACAGCUGGUUUAAGUCCUAAACCACUGGUAAUUUCCACCGUCUUUUCAUUUACAACCAAGCAACACGAGUUAACACAGUAGCCUCAUCUCUAUAUAUCUUUUUUUUUUUUUAAGAAAUGGAUAGGAGAAAGAUCAGUAUUUUUACCUUGUGAAUAGAUUGCUUUGCCUAUCCUCCAAAAUAUUCAAGUAACCCAGAAACCCUCUUUGACUGUCACUUAAAAGCUAAGACAUGUGGCUAAAUUCCAUCCAGUCCUAGGUGAGAGAGUUUAGAAGGUGGGAGAUUUUGAAUUGUUAUCCAGCAGAGCUGGAGGCACUAGAUGCAGCAUGAGCACAACUAUUUGGCUUUCCUCCCCUGUUCUUUUUUUUAAAUUAUUAUUAUUAGUUUUGAGCAUGUUGUUUUGAUUGCUAUUGUUGUACAUGAGAAAUUCAGCAUUAAAGAACACUGAAGCAGUGAAGUCACUGUGGAGGGGGAAGCAUUUAUACUGUAAAAGAAGGUUAGAUUUGCACAGUCUACUGGGUAGGUAUUGUAAAUAAUAAUUUUAAAAACUUGCACAAAUUGAUUUUGCAAACAAACACACAAAAAAUUGUAUUUUAUCCUGUUGGUGUUAAGAGGUGUUUCACUUGCUGAGAUUUCCUGUACGUUGCAAACAAAUACAGAAUGCAAACCCCUCAAAGCUGUUGUUCUCUGGUGUGUCCGUCCUCUAUUUACAGUUGUCGUGACCACGCAGGAGCUGUCAGUGCUACAGUGAGCAUGCUUCAAAACCGUACCUGAAGCCAGUCCAUUUCUGGAAAAGUGAAACUGUCUCAAAGUGCAUCUGUCGUGGCAGGCUUUAAAGAGAUUGCAUGAAGACUGAUCGGGGUCAUUGGAGAAGUUACCACCACACACAGAGGACAGGUUUUAAGUUUAUAAAACCCAAGGGCUAGGCCAUGGUGUAGACUUGUUCUAUGCGUGUGAAAAUGUGUUCCUUUCAGGACGUGUAAUCGGUGCUACUCUCUGUGACCACCCGUGGGUCAGUUGCUAUAGAACACUAACAGCACAAGACAUCUGUGCAGUUUUCAGAGUGUUACUAAGUCUCCAUAGGUCCUACACGGUGCUACAGCCCUCCGGGAAAUCUGAACCGAAUUUAUGCACAUAGAAUUGUCACCCUAACUUUGAAGCCUCAAACAUGGGUCAAAUCUGUUGUGAAACAUCGAUUCGUGUAGCUGGAUGAGUGACUAGUUGCCCUUGUAUAAUAUGUGAUCUAAGAAAAUUGCUAAUCUUUCCCUGCCAUUUUGAGAAACACAGUCCAAACAUGGUCAUAAACAGAAAUUCCUGCAAUACAUCUCAGUAGGUCCACCUAGUUUACAACUUAAACUAGUUUGUGAAACAUUUGUCUGUAUACAUUUUAUAUUUUGUACAUUUUUGAUGUAACAUAUCAUGUAAAUAGACAGAAACAGUGAAAUAAAUCAUCUGCAAAGUUUUGUAGUCUUUGUAAAGCCCCAACAAUAAGUACUUCGUGUCAUGGACUUAACUGGAUGAUGUAUUUUCUAUUGGUUUAUUGUUCUUCUAGCUUGUAAACCAGCUUGCAUAUAUUUUUUUGCAAAUGUGCACCCUGUAUCUGUCUAAAUUAUUACUUUGCCAUUAAAGUGUAAUUAUUUAUUGACAA